CAAGGUGUUUUUUUCCAUAGCUCCCGCGCCGACAGAGGCAUAAGGGACAGGGGUCUAGAGAGGCAGAAGGCUGGUAGACCUCAACACUGCAACACAAUGGACGAUUCGGAGAAAUCGUUCUCCAAUUUCAUCCAACUUUUCUAGAAGACGACGUCGAGGGUUCUCGUCGUCAGGAGCUGCGCAACAGCUGCAUCAACAUUAGUGCCCGCUUCUUCGAGGUGGAUAUUGAUAUCGCUGCGACGAGGGUGACGUGCGAUAUUCUUCACCUAUUCCAACAUCUAGUUCUCUUUUUUAGAGAACCAACCGACGCCAGGAGGUGCGUCUUUUCUUCAUCUUCUACUGCUUGCAGGAGGACGAAGGAACAGACCGUAUUUUUCGACCACAUCACACACUAUCAUUAGUUUUCUUCUUUACGGCGGCACCCAAGGUGACGUCGAAGGAACUACUACUUCACUACAAGCAGACCUCAAGCAUUUCACCACUACAGCCCCUCACAAGACAAGUGGUGACGGAGGAGCGGACUCUCACUCUGCUCUUCGUGCAGUUCACUUUCCUGUAGAAUUUUGGUCUUUCACCUCUUCUUCUUGUUCGAAACUAUCGAGAUGUUGGUGCUUGGAGGAGCAGCAGCCUCUUGCGAACCGGAGGGCCAAAUACCACACCAGAUCCUGCUGCAUUGGUAGCAGUGCAUUCCACCUCGGAAUAACGAAACACCCUUCCACAACCAACCGCCCAGCAUUUAGCUGAACCAGACCAUUUAGGACCACCAUACAACUUAUGCUUUUUCAUCUAUAAUCACGGACUGCAUCAACAUCAUGCGUCGGAGAAUUAAUAUUGAACUUGUGUUUUUUUCAACCUGGUGCUGGUCAUUUUCGAUAACAAUCAGAAGAAGCUGUUCCUCUAUUUGUUUACAUUCUUAGGAAUCGAUAAUGACAACCCAUUAAAGGAAGAUUUUGCAGCUAGCUUUCUUCCAUAAUCUGCUACUUGUUGAUUGCAUGUCUUCUAAAUUGGUAUCGAUUUUUUUUUCGUUCGCAGAUGGGACGCAGCCCUUUGCUCGUUGCUCGUCGCUCGCUAUACACGCAGGAGCGCACGUCGGUCACGGCGUCCUUCACGGCGUUCUUGCAAUUGCGGGUUUCGACCAGCGAGCCGGUCAUCACCUUCUGCGAUCAUAAUCCUCCUGAUAACUGGUGCCGCUGUCUGUUAUAAAGAGGAGGCGAAGGAUCGAAGUGCUGAAGCGGUGUCCCCGCACCAGUUUAAGGCACCUUAUUCUCUUCGUUAAAAGUCAGAAGUAUAUUAAUAAUAUAUUUAUAUAUAAGUAGCACUAGGUCAACGCUUUUCUUCGUUGCUCCUAACCGAAAAAUGGAAUCACUAUUCACUAUUUUAUUAGACCACCAAUAUCACCAUGAUAAUUAACGGUGCUCGCAGAGCAUUUACAAACAAUCUUGAUGAAGCUCUAAGCAUUAUUUUGACCUCCGUCUGCGGUGGGUUUUCCAGAACAAGACUGUGUUCGUGCGACUGAUACGAAAGAUGGAAGACGUGAGUCUUCUUUCUCUCGCCGUCGAGCGGCACAAACGCCCCAAGCCCUGGGGCUGUUAGUGUUGCCACGCAGGCUCCAGCAUAAGAAAAAGAAAUUGCAGAUCAAGAUCAUCAUUCAACAUUGUAUUAACGCUACAUCAACAUCAAGAACUACAACAUCUUCACCAAGAACUAGAUCAGAGCUUUCUCUUCCUCGUAUUUGCUUUGAUGACCUGGGGAGGACGAGUGCAGCAUUGGUAUAAAACCUAGAGGACAACAAGUGUGGCAAGUCGUGAAGACGCGAAAAGUAGCAAGAAGAUCCGCCGUCUUCUGUACAACAAUACCACCUUGUUUCGCUACAUCGCACAGAAGGACUAGAAGAAGAAACACUGCGCACCAAACUACCUCUCACCAAGUACUACUACUACAACUAGAACAAGCUUGAUUAUAACCACAACCGGCAUAACAAGCAGCAGGUGGACAUGAUCCUCGCCUUUGUUCGUUGAACAACAGGAGGGAAAUUGCCGAACAACGUCACGGGUGAACGAGCACAAGCAUUAUCAACAACACAACACCAAGACCAACAACUGCCUCUGUACACCAAGAACCCCACCCCGAGCACUCUCGUCUAGUUGUACUACCUAGUGCUUAUCAUUAGUCUACUUCUAGGUAAUGCGUUAGCAUUUAUUGCGGAACUACUUCUAUUGGUGCAACGAUCAUACUCACUGUAUUAGGGACACCAGCAGGAUACAGAAUGAAUCUACUCGAAAUUAACGUCUACCUCGUGGAGAAUCUUUUUUGGUCAACAUUCAAUUGAUGUACUAUACUGAAUGAAAUACACAGAAGUUUUCUUUUCGUGCAACUAAGCUGUUCUAUCUCGAUGGAUCAGGAUCAAUAAGGACUGGAGAAGCAGCCAAAGGCUUUCCAUCAAGUCACAGCUCAGCUGUCAACUGCACACUCGAGAAAGAAGGGUUUGCUUCCUGCAGAGCUGGGUGACUAAAACAAACUGCUCCGAUUGUUAUUCUUGUUUCUUCAUUAUUGCUCAGUAGUUCGUUGCACUGAUAUUAUGAGAGUAGAACUACCUACUUAGACGGUUCAACAACAAGUAGAUCGUUGCUUUCUGUUUUCUUCACCUAGGGACAAAAACUAUCCUCGUAAUUAGGGUAGGCCUAGCAGCUUUUCGAACAUUGAUGUUUAUUUAGAAAAAUAUAAUAUUUAAUCGACAUUCCCUAUUCAAAUUCGUGAUCGUGUCCUGCUCAGGUCGUUAUCUUACGCGGUUUGUAGGACUAUCGUUUAUAACUUAAUAUGGAGCAAGCAAUCAUCCGCUGAACCCAAACCAGACUGCCUACAUCAAAAGGAUUUCGCUGCAUGAUAAAGUAUGGUUGAGUCUUCAACCCCUGCUCGUAGUUUUUAAUCGCGUCGGACGCCUGGGCCUGGCACGUCGGUGAAGGAGUUCAAGUAAUCUAUGAGUUAAGAUAACUCAGGUUUGUUUUUGAAUGAAGGUUGGAAAAGUCGAUACUACUUCUAAGAUUUUUUAUCAGUCACCUACUGUUUAAGAAGACCUUAGCUGUUGUAGUCGCCCAGAAGAACAAUUACAAAAAAUGUAUUAAAUUCCAAGUUCACGACUCGCCGCUCCCAUGCUCCGGUUCGUUGUUAAAUGGUUUUUAUUCUAAAUGUUGAAGAUUUAUGCUGUCAAAGUGUCGUACUAGUGUAUUGAAAUAAUAAAUCAUGAAAGAAUCUCCUGCUUUGAGGCAAGAAAAAGGAGUAUCGUGCACAGUGAUAAGUAGAUUUUUCGUUGUGGCAGAGUAAUAUGAAUGUAAAAGAAUUGCUUGUCGUCGUAGCUACAGAAGUUAUAGGUUGUUGUAUACACUUAAAGGAAUCGAUUAAUAAACCUAUUAUUAAUCGUCACCUGUCUUGGUUUAUCCGUGUCCGUGACGUCGUCACACUUCGUUUACAACGUCAAUAGAGGUGAGGGAUGCCUGCAGCUGCUCUGUGAUAUUUUUCUUGAUGAAUGUUGCCUGUCAUGUAUUUUAAAUAGUUUGAUGUCGUCAGUGAAUCUAGAUGUAGAUGGAGUUUGCGUAGUAGAGCUUGUUGAGGCAAGAAGCGAGCUUUGCUACCGGCAUCCAUACUAAUUUUUUAGACGCAAUAUUAGAAAUAUCGUUUAAAUUUCAAUGAUUCUUGGUAGAAAAUUCUUUUCUAUCACGUUGAUAGAAAAGAGAGACGCCCCUCGGGUUGUUGUACGGUUCGAGUUGUGUCUCUCCCAACAUUAGUGCAUGCCUCCUAACUAUGAUCAAUUAUAUUUUUUCCUGAUGUCAUAAUCUUUUUUUAAGCCUCGUAUCUAGUAUCUUCAUCCACACAGUAUUUAAUGUCCGACGUGAAGACGCGAUCUUUCAUCUACUCUUUGCUGUAUACAAUAUCGAUCGAUUGCAUUGCUUGAACUUCCAUUGACUACAACUACUUCAAAUUCCAUAUUUAUGUUUUGAGUAAAAAAAAGUAUCUUCCCGGCAGCCGUUGAUGUUUCUACCGUCGAAGCAUCUGCGGUCGAUUUCUAGAAGGAAGAGCGGUCAUGUAUCUCCUUCUGCCCAGAAGUCGGGACUCGUUAUCAUAUUCUCAUCAUUAAGUCGUCUUGUUCCUAGCUAGAGUUCCUGGUGCUAGUGCAGGAAUUCAUGCCCUGCAUAUUGUUGUAGCAUUUCUAUCUGACCCCUGUGGUCAUCAGACUAACUUACUAGAGGUUAGAUAAAAGGAUAGUUAUUUGUUACAAUCUGUCGUUCUUGAAGGGUCGAGGUGCUCAGGGGGGAUCACUCUUGCGUGCCAACUGUGAGCAACUGCGAAGAAUCCACUUCAGAACAGGAGAACCAGUACUAGAGAACGAGUCAUUCGUCGCGGUUCUUCUACCUUCUUGGGUUUGUUCGUCUGCAGCCAAUGAACACCGACGCACACGCACCCCCAAAAAAAUAGCAUCAGCAAUACAAAAACUACAAAUUAAGUACAACCCAAAACAACAUCUCCUCGAAGAACAAUACACGUACACCUUACUCUAUCUGCACCUGCAGAUAAUAACAACAUCAACAGACCCAUUCUUGACAUCGCCGCUUUCAUCUGUGUCGUCGCAGCGGGUAAAACAAGAAGCCGACCGGAAACUGAUCUACCAAAGACCAUGGGCACCUGUGGCGGCAAGAUGGCACCGAUGGAACAGGCGGACCCUCCAGCGCAGGACUGCACCCACAAAGUGUCUAUUACAUCAACGUCCUGUCCUCAGCUUGAGAAUCAAUCUUCAUACUAGACUACAAUGAAACACAUACGUGAAUCGAAUUUCAAUCAUUCAAAAGUAGGUGGGCUGUCAAGCUUCGAACAUCGUACCAUUUGAUUCGAAACGAUCGUUUACUUGACAAGGACAUCCUUUUGAGUGUCCCAAUGUUGUACUACACUCAAAGGGGAUUAUUUCUGCCCUGAAUAAUAGGAAUCCAAAGUAGAUUCACAGGAAAGGAUAUUCAGUGGUCUUUAGUUGAUGUGUACUCAAUCUUUGAAUGUUUUUUUUCUUGGCCCUCUCCCAAUAAGGUGGUUCGCGGUCCGGCGGCUGAGCAAGUGAAGCAGGAUCAUGUGCUAGCUCUAAGUGCACGCGAACAGGAGGAAUUGCGGCAACUGAAAGAGCCUCGGUUUACGGCGGUGCCGCGUGUAAACACGCCGAUCAAAAACCCUGUCGUCGAGCGCAAGCGAUCCCUUGAAACCUGCGUGCGCUAUCACACACAUGAUAUCCUUAUGAUACAUAUUUGAUGCUUCUUUGGAUGACCACCUCUUUCAAGCGAACUCGAUGAAACAAUCCAAGCUUCUAGAGAGAUUAUAAUCAGUACUUAAAACUUUGUUUCCGCAAGCCCAAAAUCCCAUCAGAUUGAAGUUUAGGGUUCGAUGCACAUUCACAACUACAACAUAUCUUUUCUAGCAGGAGGCAAUUAGUGCAACAUAAAGAUUCUUUUCUAAGCAUCGCGCUGAUUACGAUUUAGAGGAGGCGAAUGUGGUCGGAUCGGGCUACAGCGGACCGGUUCUGAUGGCUUCCAGCAAAAGCUUCGGCCAUAGCAACAAGCGAUAUGCCGUGAAAAAAUUCGACAAGCGCAAUCUUUGCACCAAGAAACUCGCUUUCCUCAAGGCCGAGGUAGUUUAGUCGAUGAUGUCGAGAAAAGCAGCAUCACGUCAACAUAAUGUGUAUGCCUAUUUCAAUAAGGAUUCUAGACUUUUUCGAUAGUGCCGCAUACAAAUACUAGCCUCUGCCAGAAACGACGACUCUUCCGCGCUUCCUCAAACCCGUCAGGUCAACAUCUACCUCAAACUGGAUCACCCAUACAUUACGCGGCUCUUCGAAGUCUACGAGACUGAAAAUGGCCUCUAUCUUGUUAUGGAGUACUGCAGUGGCGGCGAGCUCUACCACAGGUAAAGUUUUUUGAAAAAAAGUAGAAUGAGUCAUGCAUAUGAGUCUGCUUGUUUUGCUCUAGAGACUCUUCAUUCAUGGAUUGCGAUGAUUCCCGUAUCCCCUCUUGGUUAUCCUCUCUGUCUACUAGAUUGCAGUCGAAGAAGAUUUUCUCGGAGCGUUGCGCGGCUGACACGACGUAUCAGAUGUUGCUCGCGAUCGGGUAUCUGCACAACAACAACAUUGUCCACCGUGACUUGAAACUCGAAAAUUGGCUUUACGAGAAUGAGGAUGAAGACGCAAAGCUCAAGCUGAUCGACUUCGGCUUCUCGAAGGUGUUUUCAAAGCACACGAAGAUGCACCAAUCCUGCGGGUCCGUCGCCUACGUGGCACCCGAAGUGCUCCGCCGCUCCUACAGCGCCGGACACUGCGACAUGUGGUCGUUGGGCGUGAUCGUCUUCAUGCUGCUCUCCGGGUACCCACCGUUUUACGGACGCACAGAGGAAAAGAUGAUCAUCCUCAUCGAACAAGGCAGAUAUCACAUGCGCAACGAAAGGUAAUAUUCAAAUACUAACUUUUACAGGAUGGAGAUCUCCAGAAUUAGUCCUUCUGGAAGAUCGUGGCAGCUAUUUCUAAGGAUGAUAGAUAAACAUAAACCUUUCUCGUUUAAUCAACCCUCCGUGUCCUCGUUUAUUUAUUCGAUCUUAUUUUGGAAAUGAAGAGUCUCCUGCCUGUGCAUUGAACCUCAAUCUUUCAAUGUUAACAGAUGGGAUCGCAUUUCGGAUUGCGCGAAGGAUUUUGUGCGCAAGCUGUUGGAAAUGGAUGAGCACAAGAGACUGAGCGCUGAGCAAGCUCUGCGCCAUCCGUGGAUCCGCGAUCGCAUGUUGGCGUGCCCACGAGCUUUCUCUCCGGAAGUAGUACAGGGUCUCCGUCAGUACGCCUUAGCUCCACAGUUGAAGCGGGCUGUGCUGUGCACGAUUGCCAUGACUCUGGACGCAACUGAAAUCGCCGAUCUCCGCGAUAUCUUCAUCUCCCUCGACAAGUCGCGCAGUGGGACCAUCUCACUUGUUGACUUCCGGUAUUGUUCCUUCAUAACGCAUUUAUAAAACCUUGAUGAAGUUUGACGUUGAUUAGAUGAAAAUGAACAUCACAUGUACUUUUGUCGGUAUAUAUUCACUCGCACUUCUGCCAAAUAUCGUCUUCUAGUCGUGGCCAUAAAAUUGUCAAGCUGGAGACAAGAUAUUAUUUCUUAGAAAUCCAUUUCCUCACGACUUUCUUCCAUUUGAUCUCAUUCAUACAUAAUGCUUGCAUCAAACAGGGACGCGAUGAAACAAUACACGAAGGAAGCGAUCUCCACGGAAGAAAUUCGGCGAACCUUUCAUUGCCUCGAUCACGAUAAUCAUGGGUGCAUCGAAUACUCGCAGUUCAUUGCCGCACUAAUCCAGUCAAAAAUCGGACUGAAGGACGGUUUCGUACUUCUUUUUCUUAUAGCUGUUAUAGUUAUGUUGAGCCAAGUCAGUGCAAGACCUUCCACUCGUUUUCUGUUAUUUAAUUAUGUUGAGGACUUUACUUUUUGCCUGUAUGCGCUACUAGGUAGGACUAGAAGACUCAUGAUCUUGCACUCCCCCGUGUUAUAAUCAAUCAUGUGAAUGCUGAUUAUUGAUUUUUCACGUCUAUUGUUCCACCCUUUUAGGUCCGUGACGCGUUCGAUAAGUUUGACACAGACCACAAGGGCUUUUUAACUGUGAAGAACUUGGAGGACGUUCUGGGAGACAAGUUCGGAGAGGCGCAAGCCCUCUUAGGAGAGGCCUGCUGCCGCCGUCGCGACAUGCUGUUCUACGACGAAUUUGCACACCAUGUGGUGUCCAGUAGCAGUCCAAGCAACUCCUCCAGUGGACAGCUUGCGAUGCUCGACAAAAACGAACAGUGUCAUCAAGGAAUGGAACAAGCUAACAAAGCUGCAGGCAGUUCGACGUCAUCUCUAUCGACAUCGGCUGGUGGAUCGUCGUCGGGCAGCCUUAGUGCUGUGGCGUGCUCUUCGAAUGCUAAACAGGCGGAGCAGCGGAAUACUGCAUUUCAACCUGUUCCGCGGAACGCAGCAGGUGGGACAACUACUGCUGCAACAAGUUGCAGCGGUGCAACUAGCCGACAGAUGUCCGGAGCAACAGUACGAAAUUCGAAGUCAGAUGAAGAGUUUGUGCGCACCUCGAGUGUUCGCACUUCCUCGUCGAACAAUAGCGGCAAGAGCAAAACCUCCUAUCGCCUCCACGAGCUGCAGAUGAAGGCGCGCACGGCGACGAGCAGCACAGGAGCACCGCAGGCGAAUCCUCGGUUGGCCGGCGCAGAACAACAUCAUAUCUCUAUUGGCGCAACGACGACGUCGAGCGCAUCGUUGCAUCAAGGACCGCAACCUGCACUUCACACAAUUGCCACCGCUGUUGCCCGACCAGCACGGGAGCAAAGCGUAAACAUUGCACUACCUCCUCCGCAUCAUCAGCAGCAGCAGCAGCAGUUGGUGGAGCGCCAAAAAUACGGGACGAAAUUGGGAGGUGGAACGGCUGUCGCUGCCUCAACGCGCGUGAAGCAACGAAGCACUUGCCUUGGCGAGGAAGCCCUCAGCUCGAGAACCAGCAGCACGCGGUCUACAAUGUCCGAGGACCACUCUGCGACUGCCUCCAUGAGAAGGGCCCUCUAG